AUGCGAGCAAUCAAAGGCGUCCUGUUGACCUGCGACCCAGCAGUGAAACAAAUCUUGCUCGCCAUGAAUGAAAAACAGAACUUCAUCAUUGAAGACCUGGACGACUACCAUCUCGUUAUCAAGGCCGACGACGAGAUGAGGGUAAGGAGAGAACUCGAGGCUGAGCUCGAGAAGAACACCUAUUCCCUGGACGGAUAG